UUCAAUGCAUGCAAAACAUCUAGAUUGGAAAAUUAAGUCGUAUUUUGAGAGUACGCCCGCCUUAGAGUGGUCGUAUUUGGAUUUUUUAAAGUCACUAAGACCUUAUUGCAUCUCUGGAGAACAUUCGCUAGACGAUCAACAAUCCAUAUGGAGGAAGAGAUAUCUUACCUUUCUAAGUAACAUUCUUGAGGAAGAGCAGGAUUAUGAUAUCAAAGAGCAUGCAACUUUUCUGCUUCGACAGGAGGAGUGUCGUCCUUUCCGUGGCAUAGAGUAUCGUUCCUCAGCACUAUAUUUCACAGUCUUCUCUGCUGUUGCACAGCCUGGGGAGGGUGUCGUCCUUCUUUGGGUAUGGGGUGUCGUUCCUCGGUGUAUCAAAUGUAGGGUGUCGUUCCUUCAAAAAGAUCAUGAAAAGCAUCCAUCUGAAGAGGAGAGCUUUUGGGAUGGUGUCAGGAUAGAGAAAGGGCUGAUAAUAAAAGAGGAUAUUUUCGAUAAAAAAUCGCAAGUAGAAGUAUUGAAUAUUCUCUGUGUUUCUCGUAGUCAGAAAGCUGUCGA